UCUCGCUUUCCUCACACAAAUACACGCGCGCGCGCGGGGGGACACUCUCUCGCUCUCGGAAAUCCAUGAUUUGAUUUCCAUUUCUUUUUACUUUAAAAUCCCCAAACGCGAGUAACGUGACCGAACCUUCAGACGCAGAGCUAGCCGGUAUCCAAUUAGAUCGCCUGCGCCACUUGUGACGAGAUGGCCGGUGGCGGGAUCGCCGGCGUCGUACUCCUAGACCUCGUGCGGGACGUCGUGAGUGCUGGGCCCGCCGCAUCCGGCAUUUCCGCUGGGGACGCGUCGGUGUCCGUGCCGUUGUUCAGGAGGGACUGCACCGAUCUGGUCCGUCGGAUCGCGCUGCUCGCGCAUUUGCUGGAGGAGAUCAGAGACUACGGCGAAGGCCAUUCCCGGCCGUUGGAUGCGUCAACUUCUUCUUCUUCUUCUUCGUGGUCAUCCGAUCUGGUGGUGGCCCUCCAGGCCUCCAAGCGCCUCUUAUUGCUUGCCGGAAACUUCCGUUUCAACAGCUCUUCCGAUGAAGCUGCCAGGAGAAUUGCCUCGCAAUUCCAAUGUGUGACGUGGACGUUGGAGAAAGCAUUAUGUGGCAUACCCUAUGAUCAUUUUGACAUCUCGGAGGAAGUUCAAGAACAGGUGGAGUUGGUGAGAUCACAACUGAGAAGAGCCACAGAGAGAUAUGGGUCUUUCAAUUCAAAAAUGUUAUCUCAUGCCUUAGCCCAGCUGCUGGAUGAAGAAAUUGAUCGGGAGCAAUCGGACUACAGGGUAAUUGGUAGUUUGCGUGGUCAGAACUGUGGUAGUAUUGAUGAUGAAAAUAUGUCGAUGCUGGAUGCUGUUCCAGAAAGUGAUGGCUCAAAAAGAUGUGGUGCAGAUCUUGUAAGUUAUAAAUCUGAGAGGCUUGGAAGCUCUUCUGAUCCUUCUGAUGCCCGUCUAGCAAAUGACGUUGAUGUUGAUGGACAAGACAAUUCAGCCACCAACAGUUUAGAGGAAAUCAAGAAGCCUGAUCCAAUUGUAAUUCCUGAAGAUUUUCUUUGCCCUAUAUCCUUGGAACUCAUGAGGGAUCCUGUAAUUGUGGCCACUGGACAGACGUACGAGAGAUCUUUCAUACAGAGAUGGAUAGAUUCUGGAAAUGCAACAUGUCCAAAAACCCAGCAGAAGCUCGAAAAUUUAACACUCACUCCAAAUUAUGUUAUGAGAAGUCUAAUUACUCAGUGGUGCGCUCAGCACAAUAUUGAGCAGCCAACUGGACUUACAAAUGGAAAAAUAAAAAAGAGUGAUGGAUCAUUUCGUGAUGUUAGUGGUGACGUAGCAGCCAUUCAAGCUCUAGUCCGCAAGCUCUCGAGCCGGUGCAUUGAUGAGUGUAGAGCGGCUGCAGCUGAAAUCCGAUUACUAUCCAAAAGAAGCACAGAUAACAGGGUACUAAUUGCAGAAUCUGGAGCCAUUCCAUUUCUGGUUAACCUUUUAACAACAGGCGAUGUGUUAACGCAAGAAAAUGCGGUUACUUCAAUUCUCAACCUCUCUAUAUAUGAAAACAACAAGGGACUCAUAAUGCUUGCCGGAGCUGUUCCUUCAAUUGUCCAAGUCCUCAGAAAUGGAAGCACUGAAGCUAGAGAGAAUGCAGCAGCAACCCUUUUUAGCUUGUCGCUUGGAGAUGAGAACAAAAUAAUUAUAGGUGCAUCGGGUGCAAUCCCAGCUUUGGUGGAAUUGCUCCAAAACGGAAGUGCUAGAGGGAAGAAGGAUGCUGCAACAGCAUUGUUUAAUUUGUGCAUUUAUCAGGGGAACAAGGGCAGGGCGGUGAGGGCAGGGAUCAUCACAGCAUUAUUGGAGAUGCUUACAGAUUCAAGCAAUUGCAUGGUCGACGAAGCCCUAACUAUAAUGUCGGUUCUUGCCAGCCACCAGGAGGCAAAAGUUGCUAUUGUAAAGGCAAGCACCAUUCCUGUUUUGAUUGAUCUUCUGAGAACGGGACUGCCCCGCAAUAAAGAAAACGCGGCUGCAAUUUUACUUGCCUUGUGCAAGAGAGAUACUGACAAUCUUGCUUGCAUAAGUAGGCUUGGUGCUCUCAUACCCUUGACGGAGCUUGCUAAGAGUGGAACAGAGAGGGCCAAACGGAAGGCUACUUCAUUGUUGGAGCAUCUUCGCAAGUUGCAGAAGCUACAACAGCCAACAGGGGUAAUUGUAACUUAGAAAUUUUUAAUUAUUUCAUUGCUCCCAAUUAUUUGACAGCGAAUGUUUCAUACGCUUAUCUCUUUUCAGGUGUGACAAUUGAGAAUAGGGGCUUGAGAUAAUAUUAAUGCCUAUCUCAUUGCUUCUAUGUAUUUAUUCCCUUCUGUAACGAGUGUGUAAAAAAAAUUCGUUUGAUAUGAAAUUAUGUUUGUCACAAAACACUUCACUGGAAAUUGGUUG